AUGCAAGAUCUGAGGUACAGACUUACAGUGUUCGCUUUUGACUUCGCUGGUUCUGGGCAAUCGGACGGCGACUAUGUGACAUUGGGCUACAAUGAAGAAGAUGACCUACGCGUUGUCAUCGACCACCUCAUGGUUACUGGAUUCGUCUCCAGUAUCGGGCUGUGGGGCAAGUCCAUGGGGGCAGUGGCCUCCCUCCUCCGCACUGCUAGAGAUCGCAGGGUGGACGCCUGUGUUUUGGACUCGCCUUUUGCUGACUUCCGCAGCGUCGUCCACGACUACUGCGGUGAAGCGUCUGCACUGCAGUGGAUCCCCGGCACUGUGGUGGACUUCGUCCUUGCGCGUGUGAGUGCAGCGGUAGAGGAAAGGGUCGGCGUUGACCCACGCUGCAUGCAGCCUAUUCUGAUGGCCCCCCAGUGUCACUGUCCGGCCUUCUUCAUCGCAGGGGAUGUCGACCGCGUCGUGCGGCCUCAACAGGUCCAGUCCCUUCACCAGGCUUGGGGCGGUGAGAGUCAGCUUGUCAUCUUCCCGGGCGGCCACAACACUGACCGGCCGACGCACGUGGUUGAACAAGCAGCACGCUUCAUGUGGGAGUCGUUGCAGCGUGCGGCUGAAGCCGACGCCCUCCUCUGUGGGGCGGUGGAUGCCUUUCUUGCCAGGGGCUUGGAUGCGGGUGGGGUUGAGGGUUCCAAACCUUAG